GUCUGGAAAGGUAAUCCAAUGUUCAGCCUCCCAUACGUACAAAGUUACUAAGCUGUAAUAACUCCAAGACUUGGGGUGCUCAGAUCAUGCGUCAAGAUUGGGCUGAAGAAGCAAGAGCAGGUUUCAAGCAGUCCAAACUAGCAAAUCAAUGUAAUUAUCGGUAUAAAAUAUACGCUGAAGGAUAUGCAUGGUCAUUGAGUUUAAAAUAUAUAAUCGCAUGUGAUUCUCUUUCACUAAUAAUACAUCCACGGUACAAGGAUUUCCUCAACCGGGGUCUUAUGCUGAGAAAAAACUAUUGGCCCAUUAGUCCCACCAACCUUUGUCCAUCUAUCAAGUUUGCUAUUGACUGGGGCGAUGAGCAUCCAUUGGAGGUACCCUCUUCCCUCCUCUCCAACCUUCAACAUAUUCUUCUUCAUCCUGCCUUAUCACGUUUUUGAGGGAUGUUAGGCUAUGUGGCAGGCUCCAUUUCCAUCACUUGUUCCCACUUGAAUGGGAAAUGCUCAAUUGGUCACUUGUUUCACUUUUUGAAUAAAUAAUGUCAACCCCUCUUAACUCAUUAGCAUAUGUUUGAUCUUAUUGUUGGGCAUAACCGAUGCCUUUAUUGAGGGAUUUAUAAACCAGUUGGCACCAUCAUCAUCCUAGCCUUGUUCCAACUGCUACUUGGGUCAGCUUUAUAAAUCCCAUUUUUGUCAAAAAUUACAAAGGCCUCAUCUUCUGUUAUGGUAAAAGAAAGAAGGAAGAAGAAGAAGAAGAAGAAGAAGAAGAAGAAGAAGAAGAAGAAAAUGAAAAAAGACUGCGCUAGCAUAAUUAUGUGUAGUCAUACAGAGGGUGUACCUACAACCGAGCACCACAUGGGUGAGAAUGUGCAUCAGAUCCACUCCGUCCGCCAGGUGCACCACCACAUUUUCAUUGUGGAUCCUUAAAAUAAGUCCAAUACAAGACUUAGGUUGGCCAAGUCAUAGGGGAUGGUGUAAAAUCAUCCCUAAAAACUCUAAAUUCAUUUGGUGUGGCCCACGUGAGUGUUGGAAUGUCCUGAAUUUUAACAGUGGGGUCUCCCAUCUCCACUGUUCCCCAUGGUGUAGCCCACCUGAGUUUUGAAUCAACCUGAUAUUUGGGCCCUGGUGAAAACACAGGGUGGGUGGCGAACCUGAUAGGGUGAGAAGGAAACUUGUUGGUCUUUUCUGUUAUGCAUCAUCUCAAACAAAAAUGCAUUUACUUGAUACAUUAGUCUGGGUAUCAACCUUGCCACUGUAGAUGUUGCCAUUCUCUAUGAAAGUGAUUGGUACAUUUUCCAUUCUGCUUUGCUAGUAGCAUUUUAAUGGGAAAAAGAAGGAAGCUGUUAUUGCAACUUAUAGCAAAAAAGAAGGAAAUGAUAGCCAUCGAUGGUUACGAAAUUAUAUCAGGUUUUUUUUUCUUCAAAUCAAUGGUUACUUUCCUUUUGUGCACUCAUUUCUAAACUGAUAGCCAUCGAUGCAGACCUGUCACCACAUGUAGGAGUAGUACUUGGGCUUCAUGCACUCAUUUGUAGCCUGGUUCAUCAAAUCAUUUGUGUAACUGAUUGACUUUUCCUUAUUGCAACAAAACCUAGACUUUUGUAACUAAUGCACAUGCUUGUGAAGUGAUGCAGAUCGAUGGAUGGUUGUGAAGUGAUUCAUUGACUUAUUUUGUGAUUGCAGUGAUGGGUUGCAGGUUUUUGUGAAGUGAUGCACAUUAAUGGUUUUUCUUUUCUUCCACAUCAAUGGUUACUUUUCUUUCUUGCACUCAUUUGUAAACUGAUUCAUGCACUCAUGUGAACUGGAUUGUAUCAUGUGAUUGCAGCAGAUCCUAAUUUAAUUUGUCAACUGAU